CCCAGGGAAGCUCCAGCAUUGCCCAGGGUUUGGGGGCUCCCCAAACCUGGAGCUCCCGUGCCCCACCUUCUCCACGCUCUGGCCGUUGUUCCGGGCUGGAGCAGAGCCCAGCUAAAUUUAGAAGGAUCGAUUUCAACCCCCGCCUCUGCCCCGCGGGGGGAAAGGACAGAGCAAAGGUGGCCGGGGACGAGGAGCCACGGGGGGCUCCCUUCUCUGUCCCCUGGAGGGGCUCGUGGGACCCCAAAUUCAUCCAUCAGCAGGACCAUGGAGGAGCCCAGGGGGGCUGGAAUUUUCCUGGGUCGUGCCACGGGUCUCUGUGGCUGUCACUCGGGGCAGAGCUGGUGACAAGGACGCGGGGAAGGAGCUCCCUGAGGAGGCUGGUCCAGGGGAGCUGCUGAAUGAAGCUGGGAGCUGCUGGUGGGUGAGAGACCCCCCCAAGCUCUGCAUGGAUGGGAAUGGGGAGAGCUGCCCACAGUAGGAGCCCAGGGCAGCUGGAAAACCCCGGCCUCUUCCUCCGAGCUUUCCUGCUCCUCUUCCUCCUCAGGCAUGUCUCUUCCCAGUGCAAAAUCCUCCGCUGCAACUCGGAGUACGUGGCGGCCACGCUGCACCUGCACGGGCCCGAGCGCGGCGCCGCCUUCUGCACCGCGCUGCGCUCCUACUCGCUGUGCACGCGCCGCACCGCCCGCACCUGCCGCGGCGACCUGGCCUUCCACUCCGCCGUGCACGGCAUCGAGGACCUCAUGAUCCAGAACAACUGCUCCAGGGAAGGGCCCACGGCUCCUCCGCGGCCCCGGCCCGCGGCGCCCAACGCCGCGCGCGGCUUCGAGUCGCUCGGUAUCUGCGAUUACGAGAGGAGUUUCCUCUACAAGCACGGCCGGCCCCCUGGUUUCCAGCACUGCUCUGCUUUUGGGGACCCCCACAUCCGAACCUUUCACCAUGAUUUCCACACCUGCCGGGUGGAGGGCUCCUGGCCGCUCUUGGACAAUGAUUACCUGUUUGUGCAAGCCACCAGUUCGCCGGUGGCCAAGGGGUCCAACGCAACGGUCACCAGCAAGCUCACCAUCAUCUUCAAAAACAUGAAGGAAUGCAUUGACCAGAAGGUCUACCAGGCCGAGCUGGACAACCUCCCCGCAGCCUUCCAGGACGGCUCCACGGACGGCGGCGCGCGUCCCGGCGGGAGCAGCUUGUCCAUCCGGGAGCGCAGCCCCGGCCGGCACGUGGAGAUCCGCGCCGGCUACAUCGGCACCACCAUCGCCGUGCGCCAGGCCGGCCGCCAGCUCUCCUUCUCCAUCCGCGCCGCCGAGGAGGUGGCCAGGGCCUUCACGGAGGAACAGGACCUGCAGCUCUGCGUGGGUGGCUGUCCCCGCAGCCAGCGCAUGUCCCGCAGCCCCCGCGGGCGCGGCCGCGUCCCCGCGGAGACGGCGCGGGCGCUCUGCCGGGAGAUGCUGCCGGUGGAGGACGUCUACUUCCAGUCGUGUGUCUUCGACGUGGUCACCUCAGGGGAUGCCAACUUCACCAUGGCAGCGCACGGGGCGCUGGAGGAUGCUCGGCUCUUCCUGCCCGAUGCUGAGAAGCUCCACAUCUUCCAGGCUGGGGGAGGCUGCCAGCUCAGCUCUCCAUCGUUUCUCCUCCUCCUCUUCCUCCUCCCAUGUGGACUUUGGGCUGUUUUGUUGCACUUUUAAGCCCUGCCUGCUCUGUAGGGAAGCUGUGAGAGCUGCUGGCUCCACCUUGAGGGUUCCUCACCUUGAAGGAGGUGUCUCAGAGACCCAAGAGAGGGACCCCUGGUUUGCACCCUCUGGUCUCACGGGGAUGGUGCAGCUGCUCCCAGCUCCUCUCCUGAAGGCAGUUCCAAAUUUUCCUGUUCCAUUCUGACACGUUCCUUUUCCCCUGAGGAUGUGGCAUUGCAGUUCAUCAAAAAAAAAAAUAAACCCCCAGGGUUAGCAACCCCCUCUGUCCCUCAGAGCCUUUCCAUAAAUCACUUCCCACCUUUCUCCCCCUGUUAACCCAGCAGAAUUCCACUCAGGAACCCGACAGAUCCAGAAAUAACAGACUCAGAGCCCAAUUUUUAGCAGUAAAAAAAAAAAAAAUUUAAUGGAUUUGGGACCCUUCACUCAGCUGCUCCCAAAGCAGAGCAAGGCCGCAAAUAAUUUUGGGGAACUUUGUGACCAAGAGGGGAACUUUUGAGUAGAAAUCAGCUGGUUUUGUCCAUGUGCUCCUCUUCCAGGAUAAAUAACAAGUGAAUCUCCAGCAGUGGGAGCUGUGGAGCUUGAGAUCUCCUCUAUCCCAGGCCACUGUUGCUGUUUGUCCUUGUUUUCUUGGCACCUGUUGUGGACUCAGCUUAGCCGGGUCUGGACUUGGGAACCGGUGUCAGGUUUUAGGGAGGACAAAACACCCCUUGGGAAUUCUCUCCCUUGGGCCUGGAUUCUCUGUCGCUGCUCAAAUCCAACCCAAACUGGAGCUUUUUGUUUGGAAAACCAGAAUUCCAGCUGGGCACACGGAGGGGCAGGGUGUUGCCCCGUGGAAGGUGCAGGGCUGCAGAGGGGAGGGCAAAUUUCGCAUAUUUCAGAGGAUUUCAGUAAAGCAGAUGGAGCUCUACAGCAGAAAUCUUUUCCUUAGGGAAGACUUUCCUUUAUUUUUAAUAAAAUGUUAAAAACUUGGCCAGCCCUGUCCCACAGAAUUGCAGGAAGGGCUUGUGGACGUGGGGGAAAAGGGAAUUUCCGCCCCUCCAGGCACGGAGGCUCCCUCGGGGGAGGUUCUGCAAUCCAAGUUUCAACACAUCCACGGGGUUUUCUCUCUCUUUACUCUUUUGUGCCAAGAGCACAAAGAACACACAGGAAAUAAUUUCAUGGACAUCACGAAGAGUUCCUCCUCGGAUGGGGGCUCGGAGCACGCAGUGAGGAGCAGGAGACCCGCUCCGUGUUUUUUACCCUGCUCCUGGUGAUCCCUGAUGGGUUUGACAUUAAAGGGUCUAUUUCUGA